AUGAAAGUAACAACAGAAUCACCUACCACAUCAACAUCAACAUCAACAACAACAACAACAACAACAACAACAACGUCAGUAUCAAAAUUCAGUAAAUGGAAACAAAAUGCCAUCACCGUGGCUGGUGGAAAUGGACCAGGACAAAAAUUAAAUCAAGUCCUUUACCCUCAAGGAAUCUUUAUCGAUGAAAAGAAAAAUAUUUUCAUUCCUGACACAAAUAAUCAUCGUAUUGUUGAAUGGAAAUACAAUGCAAAAGAAGGUCAAAUCAUUGCAGGUGGAAAUGGACCAGGAAAUCAAAUGGAUCAAUUGUUUUUUCCAACAGAUGUGAUUGUUGAUCGACAAACUCAUUUGAUUAUCAUUGCUGAUCAUUUCAACAGACGAAUGAUUCAAUGUUUGAAUCAAAAUCAACAAAUUCUUUUUCAGAAUAUUGACUGUUAUGGUUUGGCCAUGGAUAAACAUGGAUUUCCUUAUGUUUCUGGUCCUCAGAACCAUGAAGUGAGACGAUGGAAAAUGGGAGAAUAUGACAACGAAGGAAUUGUAGUGGCAGGUGGAAAUGGAGAAGGAGUUCGACUCAAACAACUCGCUUAUCCAGGUUUUCUCUUUGUUGAUGAAGAACAAUCUGUUUAUAUAUCCGAUCAAAACAAUCAUCGUGUGAUGAAAUGGAUAAAAGAUGCAAAAGUAGGAAUAGUUGUGGCUGGAGGAAAUGGUCAAGGAGACAAUCUCAAUCAAUUGUUUUUACCUCAAGGAGUCAUUGUUGAUGAUUUGGGUCAAAUCUAUGUGGCAGAUUACUAUAAUAAUCGAGUAAUGCGUUGGUGUGAGGGAAAAGAAGAAGGUGAAAUUGUUGUCGGUGGAAAUGGUGAAGGAAAUCAAUCAAAUCAAUUCAAUCGUCCCGUGGGUUUAUCUUUUGAUGACGAAGGCAAUCUUUAUGUUGCUGAUUCUCAUAAUCAUCGAAUUCAAAAAUUUGAAGUACUUUCAUGA